GAUGUAUCGUUGUCGGUUAGUGACGUUGUGUAAAACCCAACUUUUUUGAAGCAGCUUAUCGCUGCUGCUUUUAUUUUAAGUCUAAUAUCGUAUACGUUCUCGGGACUUAAAAUCAUCAUCAUCGUAUAAUUUUCUACCUAUAUGUGGAAUUAAAAAAAUAUAUUUUUACUUUUUUCAACAAAAAGAUACAAACAAAAACUUUGUGAGAUACUUUUUCUGUGCAUAGAAAAAUAACAAAAAUUCGAUCAAUGAAUUCUUAGUUUUUAUCAAUUUUAUUAUUUUUUGACGUAUAAUUAGUUCAAUUUGUUGUUUCUUUUUUGUUUUGUACUUGUGCGCUUUUUGUUAUUAUUCGCAUAUGAUUGUCAUUCAUUUAUGAUUGUUGUUGGAAAUUGCAUUGAUUUAAAUUAUUGUUAUUUAUACACAACCCAUCAGCCCGCGAUCAUCGACUAAUUAAAAUAAUACAAAAAAAAAGCAAACCAAUGAAUCUAUAAAAAUAACAAAAACAGAAAGAAUAAAAAAUCUAUUUCACCGUCAUAGUAGUCGUCGCUGUCGUUGUCGUUGUCGUCUCCUCCUUCACGUUUUCUUCAUCCGUGUCGUCGUAGUUUGUCGUCCGUCCUACUAUAUCAAUUUUAUGGUGUAUUUGUGAUGUUUAUAGUCUAUGCUUUGGCUAUUUUAAUAUAAAAAUAAAAAUCGAAUGAAAAUAAAGACAAAUUAAAAUAUAUAUACAGUGUCUAGUCGUUGGUCUCUCUAAUAGAUAAAUUAUCUUAGUUUAAAGAUACAUCUCGCUUUCGACAAGAGAGAGAGAGAGUGAAAAACUAUAUAACAACAAUCUUCGAUACCACCGCGCGCAAUAAAAACAUCCAUCAAUUUCAUUAGAAUUUUCAUCAGAAUUCUUAGGAAAAUCUAUGACUUUUAAUCACCCCCAAAAAAUUUUACAUAAAAGAUACUUUUUUGUUGUGAAUCUGCAAAAGUUAAGAUAAAUCAACGUGAAAAAAGUGUAAAUUUUAAUUGCGUAUCCCUCGAGAGACUCAAAGGAUUUUGUUGAGAAGUGAAGUUUCAAAUUUCACCUGAGGAGGAUUCUUCGUUAUUAUUAUCACAUCGCAUCGCAUCUUUCUCGCACCUAUCAGUAAUCUCAUCGAAAUAAAAGGAAAUACACCAAACAGACAGAAGAACAAAAAAAAAUAAUAACAAGCUCCUCUCAGGAGAAUUAAGGAUACAAAAGGAGGAAUUUGAAGACAAGACAAGAGGAAAAAAACCGCAAAACUAAUAAAUAAAGUAGCGCUGCUCCUUUGGCUGUUUUGGUUCCUUCUUCGGUCCACCAUCACAUCGUAUCAUCGUCCAUCGGAGUCGUUGUCGUUUCUUUAAAGUUGAGCUCUUGAGAAAGAGGUUCUGUACCAACUUCCAACAAAAAUUUUAUUUUUCUCUCUUUUGGGUUGGUUCGAUCCUUACGCGAGUUUACGAGUCCAGAGCCAGACAUGGCGCCGAGAACCAGAAAGAAGAAGGCACAUGCCCGUACACUUACCUGUUACUGCGAUGGUAGCUGUCCAGACAAUGUGGUCAAUGGGACUUGUGAGACACGGCCGGGUGGCUCGUGCUUCAGUUCAGUUGAAGAAGUUUAUGACGAUAUGACCGGAACCUAUGAAGAAGAAAGAACUUAUGGAUGUAUGCCUCCCGAAGAAUAUGGUGGUCUUUUAAUGUGCAAAGUUGCAUCAGUGCCUCAUUUACAUGGAAAAAAUAUUGCCUGCUGUGAUAGUGGUGAUUAUUGUAAUCGUAAUCUUCAUCCUGCAUUCACACCCAAGACCACAACCCCGCCACCAGAUCUACCCGCAACAGUUGUACCUCCAGAGCGAUACAUUCUCAUCGGGCUGAUGAUACUCUGCGUAGCAAUAUUCACAUUUGUAAUGACAGGAUUAUGUUUGAUUUAUCGCCGCCGCCAGAAGCUCCACAAACAACCCAGACUGAUAAAUUCAAUGUGUGGUGCACAAAUGUCACCGUUAACUCAGCUUGUUGAACAGAGUUCAGGGUCAGGAUCUGGGUUGCCGUUGUUGGUGCAGCGAACGAUUGCUAAACAAAUUCAAAUGGUACGACAAGUUGGCAAGGGACGUUAUGGUGAGGUUUGGCUUGCCAUGUGGCGUGAGGAGAAAGUCGCUGUUAAGACAUUCUUUACCACCGAAGAGGCUUCAUGGUUUCGUGAAACGGAAAUCUAUCAAACUGUUUUGAUGCGUCACGAAAAUAUUCUCGGGUUCAUUGCAGCCGAUAUCAAGGGUAAUGGAUCGUGGACUCAGAUGCUGUUAAUCACUGACUACCACGAGCAAGGUAGUCUGCACGAUUAUUUACAGCGAAGCGUUUUGACACCACAAAAACUGCAAAUUCUCGCAUAUUCCCUGUCCUCGGGUUUGGCUCAUUUGCAUGCUGAAAUCUUCGGAACACCUGGCAAACCAGCAAUUGCUCAUCGGGACAUCAAAAGCAAAAAUAUACUGGUCAAGCGUAAUGGACAGUGCGCUAUCGCCGACUUUGGACUUGCCGUCAAAUACAUCUCUGAAUUGGAUGAAAUUCACAUUGCCCAGAAUACCCGUGUGGGAACACGUCGCUAUAUGGCUCCCGAAGUGCUGGAGGAUACAUUGAAUUCAAAGCAAUUCGAAGAAUUCAAACGCGCCGACAUGUACUCAGUUGGUUUGGUCUUGUGGGAAGCUUGCCGACGUUGUUACACAACAGUGCAUGGAUCAAAAACAACCAUCUGCGAGGAUUAUGCCUUGCCAUAUCAUGAUGUCGUCCCCUCAGACCCAUCAUUCGAAGAUAUGCUUGCUGUGGUGUGUGUCAAAGGUUUCCGACCACCAAUUCCAGCUAGAUGGCAGGACGAUGAUGUCCUGGCGACGCUGUCGAAAAUUAUGCAAGAAUGCUGGCAUCCGAAUCCGUCGGUGCGGCUAACAGCGUUAAGAGUUAAGAAGACACUUAGCAGACUCGAAAUAGACUGCAAUGACUGCCCCAUUAAAAUAGUGUAGAUAGUGUUUUAAAAAAAUGUUAUAUUUUAUUUUUAAAUAAGAUUUUAACUGUCAAAUGUAUAGAGUAAUGAGAUAUGUGGAAGCAACAGCUGUGUACAAAGUCAUGUUUAAUUUUUUCUUUUAGAUUUUAAGGUUUAGAGUUUACCUUAAGCUAAGAAAUAUGUCAUCUUGUUUUAUUAAUUUUAUUUAAAAAUAUGUAAUAAUAUAAGAUAAGCUUUUGACAAAUGUUAAUUUAUGCACGAAAAAUGAACUGAAGGAAGGAGAAGAGGAGAUUAAAUUUAAACGAAAAAGAAAAUGUUUUUGGUUAACAAUGGCUUUAAAUAUUAAUUAAAAAAUUAUUAACAUGUGUUUGCAUCUUUGUAGACAUGAAUAUGAAAAGAGGUUGAUAGUUAGAAUUGGAAGUUUAAGUUGGUGUAAUGGUAUUUUGUUUUAAGAUUUCUUAUAUUACGUUCCACAAGUACAAUUAACUUCUUGAAGGCUUUAAGAAAUUCAUAUAUAUAAUAUUUAUUUAAAUUUUUAUGAAAGUAAACUCCAUUCAAAUUUAAUUUUUUUCCUAAAUCAAAAGAAUAUUAAAUGUUUUACUAUUUCAAAUAAGUUUUUAAUAGAAUUCCAACUGACUUAAUGAAGAGAAAUUCAUUGAAUAUUGAUGGUAUCCCAUACAAAAAUAUUAAAACUCCUGAAAAGGUCUAUGAUUUCUCAAUUCUUUGAAUGUAUGACUUUUUCAUAGAUUAUCUUGACCAUUCACUUUAAAGAAUGUCCUUUAAAAGCCAAUGUACGCCUUCUAAAAACUAUUAACUUACGCUUUCCUGACUAAGCUUUCAAGAACUAAACUACUCCUCUUAUUUUAGACAAAGGAAAGUAGUUGUUUUAUUUUUUUAAUAGAAAGUAGAGAAAGUUCAGUGUACUAUAACACAUUUUUUCUGUUAGCUUUAUCAAAUUUUCCAUGCAAUGUAAUCAAAUAACAAAUAAGCCUUUUUGUGGCUGUUUUUAAAGUCAUGGAAAAAUUAAUGUAAAAAAUACAAAACUUAAAAAAAGAAUGUAUUUAACUAUUUAAUUAAAAAAAUGUGAAUGUAUACAAAAUAAUAAUUUACUUAUAUAUUUACUAUAUUCAAUAUGUGCCAGAAUGAAUUUUAGUCUUAAAGAUUAAAUAAAAUAUGUAAAAUGUGUUUAAAAAAAAUGCAAUGCCUUAUUUUUAAAGCAGAAAAUUUUACUAAACUUGCAAACUAAAAAAUAAAAACUUAAGUUGCCUUAUUGUAAAAAAACAGAUAAAAUAUGCCUCUGUAGCGUUUUUUAAAAAUCAAUUAACUAUUAUUCAAUUUUGACUGCCGAAAUUUUAAAAACAAAAUAAA